UCCCCCCCCCCCCCCCCCCCCAAAUCGCCCCGCCCCGCCCCCUUCUCGAAGAACCAAGAGCACAGCAGCGGCGCGUGGGAGGAGGGGAGGCGGCGGUCGGGCGAGAUGAGUGACUCGUUCUGCCCGGACUGCAAGAAGCAGACGGAGGUGGCGUUCGACCACUCGGCGGGGGACACGGUGUGCACCGAGUGCGGCCUCGUCCUCGAGGCGCACUCCGUCGACGAGACCUCCGAGUGGCGCACCUUCGCCAACGAGUCCAACGACAACGAUCCCGUCCGUGUCGGGGGGCCCACCAACCCGCUCCUCACCGACGGGGGGCUCUCCACCGUCAUCGCCAAGCCCAACGGCGCGCAGGGCGAGUUCCUCUCCUCGUCCCUCGGCAGGUGGCAGAACCGCGGCUCCAACCCCGAUCGAUCCCUCAUCCUCGCCUUCCGCACCAUCGCCAACAUGGCUGACAGGUUGGGUCUUGUGGCUACUAUCAAGGACCGAGCCAAUGAAAUCUAUAAGAAGGUGGAAGAUCUCAAGUCUAUCAGGGGAAGAAAUCAAGAUGCCAUAUUAGCUGCUUGUCUGUAUAUUGCUUGUAGACAAGAAGAUAGGCCUAGAACUGUAAAAGAAAUAUGUUCAGUUGCUAAUGGAGCCACAAAGAAAGAAAUUGGCCGAGCAAAAGAAUUUAUUGUGAAGCAACUGGAAGUUGAGAUGGGUCAAUCUAUGGAGAUGGGAACCAUACAUGCUGGAGAUUUCUUGAGACGUUUCUGUUCAACUCUUGGGAUGAACAAUCAAGCUGUUAAAGCAGCCCAGGAGGCGGUUCAGCGCUCAGAGGAGCUUGAUAUACGGAGGAGCCCUAUCUCAAUUGCAGCCGCUGUCAUUUAUAUGAUAACUCAACUCUCAGAGGACAAGAAACCACUUAAAGAUAUUUCUUUGGCUACUGGUGUGGCAGAAGGCACCAUCAGAAAUUCUUACAAGGAUCUGUAUCCCUAUGCUUCAAGGCUCAUUCCAAACACAUAUGCCAAGGAGGAAGACCUGAAGAAUCUCUGCACGCCUUAAGAAGCUAUCCUCUAUUUUUUCUUUUAUUACGUAAGUCGGGAUUAGAUUUGUCAAAGAGCAGUGAUGUUGUCCCUGGUUGUGACUGUACCGGGCAAUGUGUCGCUGCCGCGCUUAAUUUUAUGUGGAUGGACCCAUGAGAACAAACUUGUCCUGAAGCGAAGUCAUCAGAUCGAAUUCCAUCUC